UUUACCAGGCAAACGCACAACCACAGCAGAACGCGUCAAUUAGGGGGAUGCGGCAUCGGUACGCGGGGGCUGUCCAUCAGCAACUUACACCAAACGAAGAGAGAGAUAGCGCGCAGAACCGAGACCCUAACCCAGUCUACAUUCUGCCGCCCCCACCCUCGUCUCAUAGAGAACGCUCCAGCACUGCCACGAACUGCCAGAACAACCAGGAGCUGCCGUGUGUGAGCCAGCCUUCACGGAGAGGUAUCACUGCUUGUCCGCCGCAACACGGAGACCCGCUGCCUCUCGCGAGCUACAACAUCCCCGAGCGACCUUCACAGCAGAGCGGCGGACCCACCGGGCAGCACCCACACCUGCAACAGAACCUUUGGGCCGCGACCAGCUCUCAGCCGUCGCAGCCUGUUUUUCAGAGCUGCCACUGCAGUUUUUCCGAGGAAGCCAGCGUUUCUCUUCAGCGCCAUCCCCUCACUCCUCUCCCGCCGCAGCCCUCCCCAUCUUUGCCUCCGCCGCCGUCGACCUCUCUGCUGUUUUUGCAGGAAUCGAACAGCAGGGAUCAUUUCCAAAGCAGUGCCAAUUACCAACAGGCGAACAUCGUGGAACACUGCAGGGGAGGACGAGGAGGUGGCGGGCACCACGACCAGAGGCAGCAGCAGAGUCAUUUUAGACUUCAGCACGGGGACCCCUCCCCCGAGGCGAGCCCUACUAACUGGCAGAAAGGGCGCGCUAUAAAUGCAUGUGAGUCAACCCCGGCUAAUCUCCGCGCAUUCGAGUCCCAGCCCGUGGACCCGCUGCAGCAGCAACACCUUCCACAGCUACGAGCGCAGCAGCUGCAGCUCGUGGGAAGCAGCUUGCCGAUCAGCUCCUGCGCCAGCGGCUCCGGGGAGCCAUGUAGGAGCAGCCUGGCUCCAGCGCUGCAACAGCAACAGCAGCAGCACACCUCACCGGGGAUAUGUCCCCCGCGCCCGCGGCACUGUGAGCAACAAGAGCGCUUUAAGCCGGGGAGCACGAGCCAGCCCCUCUCAGCGGACCCCCGUGUGAAGACGCGGACGCACGCGGGGAGCUUGUCUGCGACGUGCAGCAGCGGCAGCAGCCCCAACUACGGCUCCGGUUAUCACUUGUGGCCUGAGAGCCCGCAUAAAGGCGAGGAAAGGAUCCGCAUCGACCACCAUAAGGGUGCUCCUGAGCAGCAGAAGAGCCAUGCGGGGUCCCAGCCCUCCCUGUCCCAGAGCAGUGGCCGCCUCCCCCAGAUAGCCAUGAACACCUGUAAGUACAAUGGCGGCGUGGUGAAACCCCUGGGGAGCGUGGCGUCGUCCGGGCGUCACCUGGCUGAGCUGGAUGCCGAGACACAGCCCCUGCAGACACUGCACAGCUCCGGCCUGGAGGUGGUGGUCUCCAAGGGCAACGGUGAGGACCCCAGCAAGGCGUCCAAUGAGAGCCUGGUCAGGGAGGGGGGCGGGGCCCCCCAGAAGAAGAACAAGGACAUUGGCUACAAGCUGGGCCACCGGAGGGCGCUAUUCGAGAAGCGCAAGAGACUGAGCGACUACGCACUCAUCUUCGGGAUGUUCGGGAUUGUCGUCAUGGUAACAGAGACUGAGCUGUCCUGGGGGGUUUAUACUAAGGAAUCUUCGUACUCAUUUGCACUGAAAUGCCUUAUCAGUCUUUCCACUGUUAUACUGCUUGGUCUUAUAAUAAUGUACCACGCCCGAGAGAUACAGCUGUUCAUGGUGGACAAUGGAGCAGAUGACUGGCGUAUCGCCAUGACGUACGAGCGAAUCUUCUUCAUCGUGCUGGAGCUGCUGGUGUGUGCCAUCCACCCCAUCCCUGGCCAGUAUGUGUUCACCUGGACGGCCCGCCUGGCCUUCACCUACACCCCUUCCGUGGCAGACGCAGACGUGGACAUCAUCCUCUCCAUCCCCAUGUUCCUCCGGCUGUAUCUGAUUGGCAGGGUCAUGCUGCUGCACAGCAAGCUGUUCACUGACGCCUCAUCGCGCAGCAUCGGGGCCCUCAACAAGAUUAACUUCAACACACGCUUCGUGAUGAAGACGCUGAUGACCAUCUGCCCUGGGACGGUGCUCCUGGUCUUCUCCAUCUCUUCCUGGAUCAUCGCUGCCUGGACCGUCCGCGUCUGUGAGAGGUAUCAUGACAAGCAGGAGGUGACCAGUAACUUCCUAGGAGCCAUGUGGCUCAUCUCCAUCACCUUCCUUUCCAUCGGCUACGGAGACAUGGUCCCUCACACCUACUGUGGGAAAGGGGUGUGUCUACUGACCGGCAUCAUGGGAGCUGGAUGUACAGCCCUGGUGGUUGCCGUGGUAGCCAGGAAGCUGGAGCUGACCAAGGCUGAGAAGCAUGUGCACAACUUCAUGAUGGACACUCAGCUCUGCAAACGAGUCAAGAACACAGCUGCCAAUGUACUCAGGGAAACUUGGCUUAUAUACAAACACACCAAACUGGUAAAGAAGAUCGACCACGCCAAGGUGCGAAAACAUCAACGCAAGUUCCUCCAGGCUAUCCACCAAUUGCGCAGUGUGAAGAUGGAGCAGAGGAAGCUGAAUGACCAGGCCAACACUUUGGUAGACCUGGCUAAGACCCAGAAUGUGAUGUACGAUCUGGUGUCGGAGCUCCAGGAGAGGAGUGAGGAGCUGGACAAGCGCAUCGGCACUCUGGAAGAAAAGCUGGACUCUGUGACAGGCAGCCUGCAAGCUCUGCCCUGCCUGAUCUCCCAGGCCGUCUCCCAGCAGCAGCAGGACUUCCUGGACAGCUUCCUGCACCGCUUCCGGCCCGCCUCGCUGGGUUCCGAGCGCUCCGAGCGCUCCUGGACCUCCACGGCCCGCCGGCGACGGUCCCCUUCCACCGCUCCCCACACCUCCUCCGACAGUGGCUAG